AUGGCCGUGGCUCUCGGCGGGGUUGCAUCCGCCUGCGCGAAGAGCGUGCAGUGGCCACAUUCGUCUUCAGCCCAGGGAUGUUCUACUUCGGCUCGAACCAAUGGCAAGAACACCAGCAGAUCACCCAAAGGGCUUGCACACACGUGCCACGUCGCACCUUCGUUGGAUGUUCGCACCCGGCCGGCCUGGUUCCAGGGUAUGGAGCGCGAAGACCAGUCAUGGCCGAUCCCACAAGAGGCGGCACCGCUGCAGGUCGCGCCACCUGAAAUGUUUGCUCACAUGUUCGAGGAAAGAUUCGUGGACCAGAGAAGGCGGCAGCUCUCCCAGGUGAACCUCAUUGCUGAAAGUGCAGCCACCGGACUGACACUUGGGACGCCUUUGGCCAUUGCAGUGCUGCUGGCGGCCAUGUACAUGGCCUAUGUGCUAUCCGUGAUGUCGCAGCUCGGAAAGAUGGUCCACGCUGGACCUGCCGCCCCCUUUGAAUUGGGCACGCGCCAGCUUGCAGACAUCCAGUGGGGCAGUGCAGUGCUAGUGACCUGCGCAUACUGCUUCCUGGUCUUCAUUGGUGUGCGGUGGAUGGAGCGUCGGUCGCCAGUUCGAGCUGUCAUUUUCGAACUCAUGGCGGUUUACAAUUCCAUGCAGGUGUUAAUGAAUGUCUACGAAAUUGCCGCAAUCGUAUAUGACGCAGCCAGUUCUGAUUUUCGUUUGGACACUCUGCCAAAGAAUGUUGCAGAGCCUCUGAUUUGGUUGCAGUACCACUGCAGACAGCUCGAGCUACUGGAUACGUUUUUCAUGAUACUUCGCAAGAAGUUCUCGGAUGUAUCGCUCUUCCACAUGUACUAUCGCGUGCUGAAUAUGUGGGGUUGGUUCUUCGGCUUCCACUAUGCCUGUGUCGGGCCGACGCUGGUGCCAGCGCUUGUGACCUCUGUCGCCCAGACGUUGCAGUACAUGUCAUUCAGCAUGGCCUUGUUCGGGAUACACAAGCUGCCGAUCUUCCGAAAGGCACCGAUUGCGGAGCUUCAGAUUGCAUCGUCAGUCGUGUGCUUGCUCCACAACGUGUUUAUGGCGGUGACCGGGCGCUUGCCCAUUGGCCUGGCAAUGUUGCAUGUCUUCGUCCUACUCAACGGUGUGGUGCUGUACACGGACUUCCACUUCCGCGAGACCCAUCCGCUGCGAGAUGCGGUAAAGCCUGGCAUGCCGUCGGAGCGCGUCACCUUCUCCUUCGACUCUGCUGGUUGGCUCUACGUUUAUCAGUUCGGGGUCGCUGCCUUUCUGCAGGAACACUUGAUGCCGGCACCUGGAAGUUCCCCUGAUCCGAGCCACUACCCGGACGGUCUCGGAUUCAGUGGUUCGAGUGCUGGAGCACUGACUGCCCUGCUGCUGGCUUCUGGGACCUCAGUGCCAGAUGUCUUCGAACACGUGUUGGCCCAGUACAAAAUCUGUCGCAGGCAGCCUUGGAAAAUGCCUGUCUGUGCGGAGGAGGCUCUGCGGCAGUAUCAAUUUCCUGGUGCCUACAAGGUCAUCGCUGGAAGGCUACGGAUUCUGAUCACUCGAGCUCUAUUUCGUCCGCCAUUCAUUAUGGGCGAGGUUGUGGAUGAAUUCCCAGACAAUGAGACGGCCAUUCAACUCCUCAUGGCCUCGUGCCAUAUUCCUGGCAUUGGCGGAGUGCUUCCAAAGAAUGUCGGGGGAAAGUACUACUACGAUGGCAUGAUGUGGAGCUCGCUCUUUGUGCCAUGGCGCGGUGCCAAAGAGGACCACAUCGUCAAAGUCUCCGGUAUUGGAGGUGUUAUGUCGGACAUUCGCCCACCUCUCAUUCCUCCUUGGUGGUGCAUCCUGCCCCCACCAGUUCGUGUACUGCGUGGCCUAUAUUGGCAAGGUUAUAUGGAUGCCUUAAUGUGGUUUCGGGCGCCACCACGAGCUCAGCUCGAAGGCAUCUGUGGCUCGCGCCGUGAGCGCACCGAGGACUCUGCGUCACUCAGGCGAAGUCAAUCCGGUCUCGGGGAGCGGAAGUGGCAGGCCGCCAAAGCGCUGCUGAAACAGGCCCCGCCCAAGUUGGCCCAGGCAUUGGCUGUGUCGGACCCAAGUGGAGAAACUGUCCGGACGCUGCUCAAGGACUUCUAUGAUGCAAGGAGUUGGACGCUUCAUGCUGCCGCGCUUGCCUUUUGUUUGCUGCUGCUGCCACUUGGAGCGGUCACUCCGCAAAUUCGCAGCACUGUUCUGGCACUGACUCUUGUAACUUCGGUGAAGUUUGCGUGGCACACAGGGGAAGACAAGCGAGAAUCCCGGUCUUGCAGACUUGCACCGAAACUACCGGGUUCGGUGGAUUUGGAUCCGAGCGAAAAGCGGCAUGAGCGAUCUGGUAUGUGCAUAGAAGUUCGAUUGGUUGUGCUCUUCAACGUUGUCAUCAAAGCGUGCGAGAGGGCUCGGCAGUGGCAACGGGCCUUGCGGCUUUUUCGGCAAAUGGGUUUGCGCGGGGCCCCACCCAAUGCGGUCAGUUUCAGCACCACAAUGACAGCCUUGACACAUGGUACUAGAUGGGAUCUCAGCAUCAGUCUCCUGGAGGCGCGCGGCUCCGAGCUGCUCAACAAGUUUGUAUGUUCAUCUGCCGGCCAUGGCUGCCUGCGAAAAAGGUCACCAGUGGCCAUUGCCUUAGCCUGGAAGUCGACCAUGGCAACACAAAUUCUGGAAGAGGCGGAGGAUGCUGCAUCUCUGAAUGUGGCCAUCAGUUGCAUUGCCAAGGCACUCAAGUGGCAACAUGCACUUGACCUCGCGGCAUCAUUGCCUUCGAGACAAAUUCAGCCCAGCAGCAUGACGUACAACGCUUCGAUUGGUGCAAGUGGGGCCGGGAAUCAUUGGACACUGGCUUUGCAUCUGUUCUCCGAAAUGCAAAACAGCCAGGUGCAAAGCAGCAACAUGACCCUGGGCUCCCUUGCUUCUGUUCUGGGACAGUCUUCACAGUGGCCUCGAGCUCUGCAGCAGUUCGAGGCUUUUGAAGCAGAUGGUGGCGUGGCAGAUGCCAUCACGUUGUCUGCUAUUCUCGCAGCUUGUGCCAAGGGUUCCAGCUGGGAGGCUUCGAUGGCGUUGUUCGCCGGGAUCAGAGCUCGCCAGCUUGAUUUGCACGUCAUUCCAUGCAAUGCAGCUAUGACGGCUUGCCAGAGGGCUCCCCUGGCUGGUGACAAGGGGAAUUCGUCGAAGCCUUGCAGGUUUUUGAGUUCAAGGGUUUAG